UCGUAAUUUGCAGAUUUUUAGGGCUUUCCGUUCCAUAGAGGGAUCAAAAUUACUGGCCAACCGUCGAAGAUCGGAAAAUGCCGAACAGCAGGUUUUCUGGUUCAUUCUCAUCUCCGGAUGUUAGCGUUACCAUUGACAUGGGAAAUCCUUUUCUUAACCGCACCGUCGAUGGCUUCUUGAAGAUUGGAACUGUCGCGGCGGCAAGAGUAGCAACUGAAGAAACGUAUCACUGUAUUCGCAAAGGGAGCUUUUCCAAAAACAAAUUGGAGCACUCACUGAAGAAGAUGUGCAAGGAGGGUGCUUAUUGGGGGACUAUAGCUGGUGUCUACGUGGGUAUGGAGUAUGGGGUGGAGAGGAUCCGUGGCACAAGAGACUGGAAAAAUGCGAUGCUCGGGGGUGCAGUAAGUGGGGCUCUGAUAUCUGCAGCCAGCAACAGCAGUAGAGACAAAGUCGUGGUGGAUGCUAUUACAGGAGCUGCCAUUGCUACUGCAGCCGAGUUCCUUAAUUAUCUUACUUGAAUAGAACAGAACCGGUACAACUUCCUACCUCUCAGCAGAUUGUAAAAAAGAAGGAAAAAGAAGACACUAUCUACUAUUUUUCUUUCUCAUUUUGAAUCAGCUCUUUGGUAAACAAUGACUAGUUCGAUCUGUUGAUUAAAUACUAUCUGAAUUUACAAUUUCAAUUGUAUGCUGAAUGG